AUGAAAGUAAUCCGAAAGUUAAUUCAGACUUUAAAUAAUCGUCAAGUUCAACCAAUGCUGAUCAAUUUUCGCGACUUCUUUCAAUGUGAAAAGAUUUUCUUAAAAUUUGGAGUAAACUUCUUGGAAUCAGAGACGACAUCCAGGAACCCCCAAACAAAUCUAAAGAUUUAUCACUUAAUUAUAAUAAUUGCAACAAUUGUUAUCAUCAUACUUGCCUUAAUUAACUUCAUCCUGUCAAUACUGCCUAAUGGAUCAUUAAUUGUUGCAAUUGAAGCAUCAGCAAACUUUGGAGUCUUCUCGUUGAUGCUUUUGAAGAUUUACACUAUAAUAAUAAAGAAUCGUGGAAUAUUGAUCGAAAUUCUACACAGAAUUGAGCUUCAUUUUCCGGCCCUUACAUCGAACCAACAUGAUUUUAAGGUUGCUAAAUAUCUCAGAUUGUUAAAUAUUUUCAACAUAACGACAGUUGUCAUUUACUCAAUGUUAUGGCUCCAAAAUUCAUGCAUGGCAUUUUUGGAACUAUUUUAUGGAUGGAUGACAUCAAGUCCGAUAAAAAUUGAAUUGAUAUUGAGAAUCUAUGUUCCUUUCGACUACAGCAAUCCACUUGUGUUCUCACUCAUUUAUAUUUUCCAAUCUUGGAUUUUAUUUGUAAAUUUGACUGGAUUUUUAUUAGUUGACAUGCUGUACUUUGGUUUGAUGAUUGUUGUGAGCAUGGAAUUCGACAUCUUAAGGCAAAUUAUCGGCGAAAUUGAUCCUCGAGAAAAUCAACAAGCUGCUGUGAAGAAGAUGAAGGAACUAGUUGAAAUUCAUCAAGAAUUGAUUGAAAUCACUGAAAAACUUGAGGACAUAUUGUCGUUGAUUCUGUUUGUCAAUAUUUUUGGAAUGGUGUACUUGAUCUGUGAAACUGCAUUCUUAAGUAUCGUGAGUUAUCGUAGCUUGAAUAAAUGGAACUAG